AUGGAACUAGAAGAAGCAAAACUUCCAGCAGUAAAAGCACCAAGCCAAAAUAAGGAGGUACAGUCAAAAUUUAUUGAAAACGAGGAGCAGCCGAAGAUAUAUCUUUCAGGAUGGAGGCUUCAUGUUCUUACUGCUGGGAUGUGGAUAGCGCUUUUCCUCUCAACAGUAGAAACAACAAUUGUCAGUACCUCAUUGGUCUCGAUUACCAACGCACUGAGUGGCUUUGAUAAACGCGACUGGAUAGUGACAUCGUACUUGUUGACAUAUACGGUAUUUCGCGCCUUUCAGGGCUUUGGAGCCUCUGGGAUUUAUUCCAUGACUCUUGUGAUAGCACCAACGAUCAUUCCACCGGGGCAGAUGCCCAAAUACAUUGCAUUGAUCUCAACGGUAUUUGCGUUGGCGAGUGUUGUAGGACCUUUGAUGGGAGGCGCAAUAACAGAGAGUGGACAGUGGAAAUGGGUAUUUCUAUUCAAUGCCCCUGCAGGCUUUUUGGCCAGUGCAGUUAUCAUCUUUACCCUACCAUCAACGUCAAACCCAGGUUCACAACUAUCCACCAAAGAAACUAGUCAACAAAAGCUGUCUUUAAAGAAUUUGCGACGCAUCGACUAUAUCGGUGUAGCCCUGCUGCUCGCUGCCUCUAUUUUGCUUGUCUUUGCUUUUGAAAGUGCCGGAAUUCAGUAUGGGUGGAAUAGUAUCACGAUCAUAGUCACUCUGAUCUUUGGAUUUGCCAUAUUCUUUUCAUUUAUUAUAUGGGAAAUGUGGUUACAGAAAAGACAAGAUCAUUUCUCAGAACCGAUCUUUCCACCACAAAUUCUUAAAAGUCGAAUAACGGCAUCCAUGUUUGCUGCAUCAUUCUUUCUUGGAUUUCCAUUCACCUCCGUGGUUAUAAACAUACCGCAGAGGGCUCAAGCAGUAUACGCAUUUAGCUCCCAACACGCCGGCAUCACACUUUUACCUCUUCUACUCACUUCUCCGUUAGCCACGGUAGCUUCUGGCCUACUGACAUCGAAUGGAAAAGUACCCCCAGUCUAUCUCGUCAUGGCGGGAGCAGUGACUCAGAUCAUCGGUAUGGGAUUGACUUGUUCACUGCCCACAGAUACUUUGAAAUUCCCAUCUCAGCAGUACGGUUUCGAAGCAAUCAUGGGUAUUGGGUUUGGGCUAACUCUAAGUACAAUCCUCACUCUUGCGCCGCUCGUUGCGGACGAAAGGGAUUUACCGGUGACUAUGGGCGCAUUGACUCAGAUUCGCGUUCUUUCUGGAACUUUUGGUCUUGCAAUCAGUGCCACAGUCCUCAAUGACCAUGUGACGAGCAGACUGUCUACAACGCUUGAUCCACAGGAGCUAGAGGCAAUAUCUAACUCUCUUGGGGCAAUUAAAUCUCUCUCACCAACUCAGCAGAGUGAGGUGCGCGUUGCUUUUGCGGAAGGUUUCAACCAACAAAACAUUGUUUUGGCAGUGUUCUCUGCAGCGGCUUUGUUUUCAAGUCUUGGGCUUUGGGAGCGACGUCCGCGUAAGACUGAAAGGUCUAAGCAUUAA